UGUCUAUCCUUUUUUCUUUCAGGCGUUCGUGACCGACGCCCGAAGCUCAUGCUGCAGCAUCCCAACGCGACGAUGGAUGUCUCCCUGGUGUCGAAUAACUCCCUGUCCGCUUCCCUGAGAACGACGGAUCAUUCUGAGACGCCGGUUGGUCGUGACGAACACCUGGCUCUGUUCGAAGUGGCCACUCUGGCCAUCAUUUUCAUAGUCACGGUUGUGGGGAACACGACUGUUCUUCUAGCCUUAUGGACGAGAAGAAGAUAUGCCGGAAGAAAGAAACUAUCCCGAAUGUACUUCUUCAUCUUGCAUCUCAGCAUCGCAGAUCUCAUCACUGCCAUCUUCAGCGUCCUCCCCCAGCUGGCAUGGGAGAUAACGUACAGGUUUUAUGGCGAGAACGUCCUGUGCAAAUUCAUCAAGUUCAGCCAGACUCUGGGCCCCUAUUUGAGUUCGUACAUACUGAUGGCCACGGCGGUGGACAGACACCAAGCCAUAUGUCAUCCGCUGACCUACUGCUCUUGGACGAGCAGGAGGUCAAAGGUCAUGGUGUAUGGGGCUUGGAUAACGAGUCUGAUAUUCUGUCUGCCACAGGUUUUCAUAUUUUCCUAUCAAGAAUUAUCUGAAGGAGAAUACGACUGUUGGGCAACAUUCACCUACAGUUGGGGAGAGAGAGCCUAUGUUACAUGGUACAGCAUCUCCAUAUUUAUCGUUCCCUUGAUCAUCCUCAUCGUCACAUACACGGCUAUCUGCAGGACCAUAUGGCUGAGUUCGGAGUCCAGUUUAAGGCCCAGAAACUCACAGACCUACCAGAACAACGGUAAAAACAAGAGGUUACCACUAAUUUCGAGGGCUAAAAUCAACACUAUCAAGCAGACCAUAGCGGUCAUUGUGAUGUACAUAGUUUGCAGUUCCCCCUUCAUCGUUGCCUUGUUAUGGGCUUCUUGGGAUCCAGACAAUCCCUUCAAAGAAGGGGUGUCAUUCGUCAUCCUGACCCUGCUGUACAGCCUGAAUAGCUGUUUCAACCCCUGGAUUUACUUGGCUUUCAACAGGGAACUUCCAAGAUUACUUUUAAGACACUGUCUGUCCUCGAGAAGAAAUUAUAGGGAUGCCAAUGGCGGAGGUCGCAGCGGAAGCAACUCUUCCGGCGUCCAGACCACCACCCUACGUUCCUUCUCCAGGUGGUCGAUAUGCAACAGCUCCAAGUCGGCCAAGACACCCCUCACCAACGGCAAGAACCUACCCCGUCCCUAUCUGACCAAAUACAAGGCGCAGCGCUGGAUUGUCACCUCUCCCAACACAAUGAGCACGACCACUUGAAAGUUGGGAAGCGACGGCCUGCUUGAGUUCGGAGAGGGCUGUCAAAGCAUGGACGAUAUCUCCAAUUCUUCCCUGGUUGAGCUCAGUGAGCUCACGUCAGAGAUGACGGAAAUGCUCGAUGUAGAUUUAACGGAGUCUGUGAUUUAGGAUUAAGCUCAGAGCCAAAUGGAGAAAUUCCACCAUGGUAUUUUA